AUGACCACAGAACAUCCAGAAGACACAGCGUCCAAACCAGAAGGCCUCUUGACACGUUCCUGGCAUGCCAUCCUUUCCCCUUUCUCGUCCGCUGCUCUCCGUCAACUCCCCAACACUUCCCAGCGUAAACGCGAUCGCGAGACCCGAACGGAUAGGAUACCAGAGGGCGAGGGAGACGUCGUCGUCCAUGACUUUAACAACAACAACAACAAUGCGGAUACCAGAGGGAACGUUGAAUAUGGGCCUGCAAGUGCCGUGCCGCUUUCUGUGCGCGUACCGAAGAAGAUACCAACGCCGAUUAAGGUGGAGGGUAAAGUCUGGUUUGCUAACGAGCGUACAUGGAUAGCAUACGUGAACGUCGGCGUCCUCGUCGGCACACUCGCACUCGCACUUUUUAACGCCUCAGAAGAUGCCAUCGCGCGUAACUUUGCGUACAUCUACGCACUCAUCAGUGUUGGCGUACUCGUAUAUGGAUGGGUCGUUUACCAGAAACGUAUAACGAUGAUCCGGAAACGGGAUCCAGGGCAUUUCGACCAGAUUGCCGGACCCGUCAUCAUAGCGACCUUCCUCUUCUUCGCUGUCCUGGCCAACUUCAUCAUUCGACUCCGAGAAGUACGAAGACGAGGCGCCCCACUUCCGAGGGAUUAAUGAGACGACACGAUGAACACGCAUUGUGUAACCAAUUUGUCUCCUUUUUUUUGUUUAAUUACCUAUUCUUGCUUGUGUUCCCUGUUUUCUUAGCUUUACAUCUUUAUGCAUCCGGAUUUAGUUUUGCCAUAUAUCAUAUUAUAUGCCACCAAUGCCAGCAUUCACGUUUUCCCUUAUUUUCUCUGUUCCCCC